UAUAUUUCUAACAGAAUGUAACAAAAAAAAAACUGUAACAGAAGAAAGAAGAAAAGGGAGGAGAAAGAGGUUGUUGAUGGUGGUAGCUGGUGGAGGAGAAACAGAAACGGAAGAACCCUAAUCUCUCUGUCUCUGUUCAGAAACAAAAAUGAGCGGUCAUUUAACCAGGAGGCACAGUGGGACCCACAAAAAGGCUCCUUCUAUGUCCAAAAGGAUCGAAAACGGAACCGCCAGCGAACCUUCCAGCAAACCUUCUUCUCCUCCUUCCUUCGAGUCUGAUGGAGGGGAAAGGACGGUUAAGAAGCUUAGGUUGUCCAAAGCCCUCACUAUAUCUGAGGGGACAUCAGUUUCAGAUGCGUGUCGGCGAAUGGCAGCGCGGCGUGUUGAUGCUGUUUUGCUGACUGAUUCAAAUGCUUUGUUAUCGGGGAUCAUGACUGACAAGGAUAUUGCUACUAGAGUUAUUGCCGAGGGUUUGCGACCGGACCAAACAAUGGUGUCAAAAGUAAUGACUCGGAAUCCUUUGUUUGUGACAUCAGAUACACGGGCCAUUGAAGCCCUUCAAAAGAUGGUCCAAGGUAAAUUCAGGCACCUGCCUGUUGUGGAAAAUGGGGAAGUCAUUGCCAUACUGGAUAUUACCAAAUGUCUUUAUGAUGCCAUAUCUAGGAUGGAGAAGGCUGCCGAGCAAGGGAGUGCCAUUGCUGCUGCAGUUGAAGGUGCGGAACGCCAGCGGAGUAGCAAUGCAUCUGCUCCAAAUGCUUUGUUAGAAACAUUGAGAGAGCGGAUAUUCAAGCCUUCCUUGUCAACCCUAAUCAGCGAAAAUACAAAGGUUGCUAUUGCAUCAGCAGCAGAUCCUGUGUAUGUAGCUGCAAAAAAGAUGCAGGAGUUGCGUGUUAAUUCAGCUGUUAUCGUAUCCUUGUCAGGAUCCAGGAUUCAAGGGAUACUCACGUCAAAGGACAUACUUAUGCGUGUUGUGGCUCAAAAUCUCUCUCCCGAGUUGACUCUAGUGGAAAAGGUAAUGACUCCAAACCCAGAUUGUGCAACACUAGAUACAACAAUACUUGAUGCCCUGCAUAUGAUGCACGAUGGGAAAUUUUUACAUCUUCCUGUGCUAGACAGACAUGGAUAUGUUGCUGCUUGCAUUGAUGUUUUGCAAAUAACUCAUGCUGCAAUUUCCUUGGUUGAGAGUAGCUCUGGAGCUGUUAAUGAUGUGGCAAAUACAAUUAUGCAAAAAUUUUGGGACUCAGCUUUUGCUCUAGAGCCACCAGAAGAUUUUGAUACCCAUAGUGAUGUUUCUGGGCUCAUGACAUCAGAUGGAGCAGAUACAUCAAAAUAUUCUACGGGUUUUGGAAAUUCAUUUCCUUUCAAAUUUGAGGAUCCCAAUGGUCGCAUGCAUCGAAUCAACUGUGGUACUGAACAUCUAGAUGAGCUAGUAUCUGCAGUCAUGCAGAGAGUUGUUAUCAAGGACAGAGAACUCCCUGCGAUUGUGUACGAGGACGAUGAAGGUGAUAGAAUUUUUCUUGGAACCGAUGACGAUCUUGUUGCUGCUGUCAGCUAUGCUAGAUCUGCAGGAGUGAAGGCUUUAAAGUUGCAUUUGGAUUUCGGCAAUUCAGUCAAACCAACACCAAUCCCUGGUACAGCCACUAGACCAAAAUCUAGUGUUUUGUCUCUCAAGUCCAGUGUUUUUGCAGGGGCUAUUGUUAUAACAAGCAUUGGCGUAUUAGUCUACCUAAAACGGUCCAAGUAACGUGUUUCGCGGUUUAAGCCAGAAAAAGCAAUAAUUGCUCUGUAUGAAUCCCAGAGCUCUUUUGCAUUUUAACUGCUCAUUGCAAAGGAAGUGCUGAAUACUGAAAUAGGAGAGCUUCUCUAAUAUUGAGUCUUUUUGUUUGGGGUUAGUAUUUAUCCCCAUGAGAUAGUAGCUUAUAUUUUUUUGGUCUCAUGUAUCUGUAACUUAUGUAUAGAUAAUGUCUUGUUAUACAACAAUGAUAAAUGCUGGGGUUCUGCAUUUUUCAUUGAUUUCAAGCAUACUUGCAAAUUGCAGUCACGCCAAGUCAAAAUAAUCAUUGGUAGAAUAUAAAUUAUUUAAAUUUAUCUAAA